AUGCUUCAUGAACUAUUAUUUAUACUCUUGGGCUACUCUGGUGACAUAUUCGUCCCUGCACCUCCAAAUAACCCAACUACAUUUGCUAUUCCACCUGACUUUUCUUUACUGCAUCCAACUGAACGUGAAUCUCUUAAUCGAUUUGGACAACUGGGAUGGAUUUAUUCACAGAUUUAUAAUUUCAUCAAUACAACACAAGAUCUCAAAGUACAAUCAGACAAAAAGAGGCCAUUUGGAUCAUAUGUACAAGCCCUGAUUACUUGUAUCGAAAGGACAUUAAGAGAAUAUCAGGCUGAUAUACUAGAUAUUGAAAAACGUAUACUGAAUAAGGAGGAUGAAGCAGGAUCCGGAAUAAUACCGAUAUCACUGAUUGCAGCUAAUCUAAGUCGAUGGGAAUUACUGUUACCAGCCAUAUGGAAAUUCAUUCAGUUACUAGAAAGCGAGUCUGAAAAAUAUCAUGGCUGUCGACUAUUUAAUCUCGUUAUGAACCAAAUAAAGACAGGUGUGCUUGAGUAUCGAAAGGAGAUGGAAAAAAUAAUGGAUGGACUCCACGACGUGCUGUAUCGACAACUUACCGCUUGGAUGGUCUACGGACAGCGCGUUGAUCACUACGAUGAGUUUUUUAUUGUUCCUUUUGAUCAAGGUACAGCAACAUCAACAGUAGGCUGGAAUAGACUGUUUACAAUAGCAGCUGAUAGAGUACCAGAUCAUAUUCCUUACUCUGUUGCAGAAUCUAUCUUGUUUGUGGGAAAGGCAAUUGCGACUGUAAAUGAAAUAGGCAGGAUGCCCUCAACAGCAGCCAUAAAUAGACAUGAUGAAGAUGUGUUGCUGACAUCAAGUUCAGUGCGAGCAGUAACCCAGACAAAGAAGAUACCUAUACCCGAAAGUAUGCGAAAGGAGCAUUUGGGCCUCUUGCUGAAAUUGCAUUCAUCUUGUCUAUCUCAACACCAAUCCUCAUCACCUUGGAUAUCUUACCCACAGAUACUUGAAGAUGUUGUUAGUCAAGUGCGACGGUCUACUUCAGAUUGGCUAUUUUCCCAAGUGCUAGUUGGAGAUCAUGGCAUUCAUCGCUAUCUAAGCUCUUUUCGACACAUUUUCUUACUUAGCUUUGGUGAAUGGGCAUCUAAUUUUAUUCAAGAAUGCUCAGCAUGGAGAAAACGGUCCAUGUCACCAGCUAUAAAUCAAAAUAGAAAGAAACCAGCAUCUAGUACAGACAGUUCCAUGAGGCCCACAAACAAGGCUGCUGUCAUCUUUCGACAACAGGAACUAAAUGCUUUGCUGAUAAAGUCAUCAUUGAAUACUGAAGCAGAGGAUCAAUUGCUUGGUUAUAGUUUACUGGUAGAAGAUGGACCAACAAAAGAAUACCCGUUCUCUGAUAUAUUGCUGGGGAGCUUAAGUAUAGUACUGACCUUUCGCUUAGAGUGGCCAGUCGAUUUAUUUAUAAAUGAAGCUCGUUUGAUUACUUAUAGUAACCUAUGGACAUUCUUGAUUAGCAUCAAAAAAACACAAGCUUCUCUUAACAAUCUUUGGAAGACACUAAGAUCGAACGGACAUCAAGAAGAAGCGCUCGGGACGUAUUCAAUUUCAAAUAGAGGUGCACAAUUUACAGACGAUGGAGAUGGAUACCAGGAACGCCUAGUAUGGAGGCUUAGGUCAAUUAUGUUAUUUUGGAUAGAUAACUUUUGGAAUCAUUUGCAGGCACAUGUCAUCAGUUUUCAUUAUGAUCAAUUGAUCUAUACAACAACACUUGAUGAAACGACGACUUCUUCAUCUAUAAAGCGUCUGUCAAGACGAUCAAAGGUGAAGCUAGACUUUGAAGAAAUUCAAAAGGCGCAUGAUGCCUUUCUGAAGAAUAUACAACAAGGAUGCUUGAUGACCUCUGAAGAAUGUAUCCAUGUUAUGCAUGACAUACUACAGACAUGCACAGACUUUUGUGAACUAAUGGAAAAGAUGUCUGAAGAAGGAGAGUGGCGAAAAAGUAAGAGGCGUCGUAUCAGAAAGACAGCUGCAGAUAUCGUUGAUGAAUGGACAAGAAAUGAUUCGACUUCUUGGUUAAAUGAAGUUGAGCGUAUACAAGAAAGAUUUACAAAAUGUACAGAGACUUUCUUUGGAUUAGCAUCCUUUCAACCACCUGAAGUCAAAUUGAAGGGAAAGAUAGAUAUAUUAUUGAUGCAGUUAGAUUAUAAUAAAUGGUUCUCAAAACCUAGCUACUAA